AUGGAUGGUUGUCGGUUCGGGAUCGAGUUGGAGUUUAUGGUCCCUGUUGUGGACAAGGCAGGCUCGUCCAAACAUGCGAAGCCUCGGGAUGAUCGGUGGCCGGACGGUGCGAAUGGAUACGAAACCGACAACGAUGUAUUUGGCAACAAAGCCAGCCAGAAAUCAGUUUGUGCCGCUCUGUCUGACUGCAACCUUCCUUCGGCCCGUAUGGUAGUUACGGAUGCCCUUAGAAAUGACCCGGACUACGAGGAGAGUUCUGGCAAGGAAAUACCAAUCGAUCAGGAUGUAUCAUUACGCGUGUGGAACACGCCGACGGUCAAAAUCAGCAGCACCGAGCGAUUCAAGUACUGGUAUGUGACGGACGAGGCCAGCAUUGUGCUGGGUAUGGAGAAGAAGAAGAUCAAGAUUCCUUCCGGCUGUUAUCGCUGGUACGGCGUGGAGCUGAAUAGUCCAAUACUUUCCAGCGUGGAAGAAUUAGAUCACGGUCUUCCAGCUCUCAGAAAGGGACUCGCCUCCAUUCGGAACAAUAUCAAGGUCUGGCUCAACUCGGAGUGCGGGCUCCACAUUCACGUCAGCCCCGCGGACCGAGAUGUGGAUGAGAUUGUGGCGAAGAGACUGGCAGCAUUGGUAUUUCUGCUUGAACGGCCGCUUCUAGUGAAGCUUUGCCAUCCAAUCAGACAAAACUCAACGUAUUCUCGCCCUUUCUUCACCCAGCCCUGGAUCGCCGAGUCUUUUACCACAUGCGCGAGUUUCCCAAUCGAAGUCAACGAAAUUCUUGCCUAUCGCGAACGGACCAUGGGCAAGCGCCACGAGGAGCAUUCAAUGUUCAGAUCGCUCUGCGCUAUUCUCUCGCAGGAUAAUAUCAACGAGCUGAUUAAACUGCUACAGAUACACACUGGCAAGUGUGCACUCGUUAUUUCCGACUUUGGUACAGUCGAGUUUCGGUAUCCUGAAGCAUCCUUUGACCCAGAUUUUAUCUCUGCUUGGAUCCACCUCGUCCGACGGUUACUCGCGCUCGCUUCAUCCUCGGACGAAGCGUUUGCAAGCACUCUCUGUAGGUUUUACGAGUUGGCGACAACGGAUACAAGUGUGUCUUGGGCACAAUGGCUGCAUGAACUGCAGCUCCCUGCCGUACGCGACUUUUUCGAGAAUCGUGUCAAACGGUAUCAAACCGAUUUGAAGAACUUGGAUCAACCAGUCAUCCUAUCACGGAGCGUCGCUUAG